AGGUAUACAAAGUGCCGCUUUACACCGCCUUUAUGCACUAAGCUCCUGUCGGAGUUUGUAGCUUGCCAAAAGGGUCCUUGAUUUGUAUGAGAAUUGCUAUGCAACUACAAUUUAGACUCUAACACACAAAUAUUCGCCAUGGCCGAGAAAUCUUACGUCGAGAAUCUUGCGGUAUCGGUGCUUGAUAAUCUUCGGUAUCAACACGAUUGGACUGAGCUACAAAUAUUGACUCAUUCCCCCUUGGAUAACUCACCUCUACCGCGACCACUAAUCUCUGGACUACCUCCCCGUCGGCUCUAUUUACAUCCAGAUGAUCAGAUUGAAAUGCUCAAAUCCCACCCGAACCCGGAAGGGCGUAUUCCGGAGACACCUGUAGCCGAAUGGGUACUACCAGUUCACCUGGCCGAAAAAUGGACACUUAAGGCAUUCGCAAGCGUUUUUGAUUCCAUGCCACCAGAGAACUCAGCUGCUCCGGAUCGUGUCAAGAGAGUACUACUCGCUACGGUACAUGAUGACUCUACCGUCGUUUACUACUUUAUGCAUGAUGGUAUUGUCAAGCCUCGGCAGAACUAAAUUUGAGAGGAACAGUUCUGUUCCGCUCAAGGGGGCGCAAUGAUUCCAAGCCGUUCUUCAGUCA